CCCCUUCCUUUAAGUGUGGACUUAACUGGACGCUGCUGUGGCUGCUUUCAUAAAUGCUGCAUAGGCCUGAGCUCACAGGAGGAACUACUUCCUAGCUCCCUGGUAAAAAGCAGACAGGAAACGUGAUAAAGGACGUGACAAAGCUGGAAAUUUUGGAAGCUAUGGAAAAUCCGGCCCUGGAAUCCCGAGCUGAGCGCAUCGCCCGCUACAAGGCCGAGAGGAGGCGGGAGCUGGCCGAACGCUAUGGAAACCAGGAAGAGGAGCUGCCCUCUAAGUGGACAAAGAGGGAGAGGGAAGGGCGUGGCAACUGCCAUGACUCCAGCCCACUUGCAGACAGGAGCCAGUCAGGUGGGGUUAAUGGUCUGAGGGCCCAUGGAACAGCGCCAGCUGAAGAGGAGUUGCCCCCUACUCAAAUCUCCAAUGGAUAUGAGGGGGAUGCCAAACCAGGAAAUGCUUACCUGAACAGGCAGUGUGCAUUGGAUUCAUCCAGCACGCUGGCUGGGGGAGACCCUUCAGACCCUCGGGGCCCCCAACUGCACACCCACAUAUCAGUGGGCAAGCUGAAGAGCGCCCUGCUGCAGCAAAGCCAGAGCUCAGCUCCCACUGAGAAAGUUGGUUCAGAUGGAGGUACUGAUACAGCCGUUGACCUGGCAGUGAAAACUGGUUCAGAGGGUGGUCGUCGGCGUACUCGGCGCUAUCUGCCCACAGGGGCUGCAGGGAGCCGCAAAACGAGCGAGCGUUUCCGAACCCAGCCUGUGACAGCCUAUGAGAUGCAGGAGAGCUGUGGAACCAUGGACAACAAGGAGCAGGAAAACUCUGCGGAUGUUAAGACAGAUGACCGAGCCAAGAUGAGCGUAGCUGCCAAGAUGUCUCUGUUUAAAGAGCUGGAGAAGACCGCUGCUCCUGAGGCGUCCUCUUUUCUGAAGCCUCGCUCCAGCAGCAGCUUCAGCGAGCCCCGAGUUCGCCGCAGUGAGAGCCGGACACUCACCCAGCCAGUCAGCCACGAGGAAUCUGGAGUGACAGUCAGUGACCCCCCCACAGCUGAGCCAGAGGUGGAGGAUGAUGCCAGCUCUAACCUGACUCUGAGUGAGAAACUGGCUCUGUUUAAUAAACUCUCUCAGCCCCGCAUGCCUGGAGGUCCAGGCGGUCCUAGGAGUCCAGGAGGAGAUGGCGGCUCAGAGGCCUCUGAGAGACGUAGGCAGAAAGGAGCACGCUAUCGCACUCAGCCCAUCACUGUGGAUGAAGUCAACCUGCUCCAGAAGGGGCCUGUUCAGCUGCCUCCUCUGCAUCUGUCCGCUCACCUCUCUGACCGCCAGCAGGCUCUUUCUGUCAACCUGAAGCCCAGUGAGGUGCGUCUCUCCAGGCAGGACCUCACUGAGCCCUGCCCGCAGCCAGCACCCGAGAUUAAAGGCAUCCUGAAGAAGAGCAGCCCUGAAGAGGCAGGCCUGAGGGGUGGGGCCAAGUAUGAGGGUGACCUGGCUGGACCGAAGUCAGAGCAGAACGGUGAGCAGAGAGCAGAGGUGAAGAAAGAAAUCGACACACCUGUGAUAGCGGGGGAAUAUUCUCCAGCUCCUCGCGCUACCGCCCCCUGGAGGCAGAGAGCAAGGAAGGAUGGCAGCUCUUCCUCACUCCGGUCCCGUAGACCCGCCCUCAGGAUCGAACACUCCUCUCAGCCUCAGGACACGCCCACUCAGCAACUGCUGACAGAGCACAGUGGAAAAGCAACAACAGGAGACAGGCUCUCUGACUCCAAAGAAGAACAGGAACAGAGCGCUGGGACGAUGUGCAGCGUCACACCUGCCAUGGAACCACAGGAUGAGAGUGACACUGUUCAUGAGUCUGCAGCUCCAGCCCAGUGCUGGGAACCUGUCUAUUCCUCUGUCUAUUCUCCUCCUAGCACUCCAUCUCAGUAUAAGAUGUUUUUUAAUGAGAGAAGUCUUUCAUAUGAAGCUCAGGAGGUUUCAUCUCCCAAUCAUGCACAGCCACAGCCACGAUGGAGACAUAAGGAGAGCUCAGUGGAGGCAGAUCAUCAGUCACAUGUGCAGACAGAGAGUGAGACACAGUCACAGCCGAUUGACAAACCCCAGGAGCCCCAACAGCCUGUUUCCACAGAGAAAACCAAAGAAGUUGUGACCUCUGAUGCCCCAUCACUUCCUGAGUUUGAGAGCAGUCCAAGAGACACAGAGCAGGACCUGAGCACACUCUGCCAGACUAACACACACAUUUUAAGCUCUGCUGUCGCGGAGCACAGGCGUUCGGUUCGGCCUUCUCGCCGCACUCAGGGUUCGAGGAAUCCGUUACGAGCUUUGGCUGCCCGGAACGAUGUGCUGCAGGACUUCAUGCAGCCACACCAUGACCCUGCUACCAUGGAAACCAACACUGUGAAGAACUCCAACUGUGCCUCUACUAACGGCUCAUCCUCAGAGACCAACACUGUGCCCUACAGCAGCCUCAUGCUAAUCCAUGUAAAAGGAUGGAGAAAGGUGCAGGUGCGUUUGGUGGAGCCGGUGGCUCGCUCGCUGAACAGCGGUGACUGCUUCCUACUGGUCACUCCAUCGCUGUGCUUCCUCUGGACCGGCCAGCUGUCCAACGGCAGCGAGAGAGAAACGGCGUCUGCCAUGGCUUCGUUGGUCGUGACCCAGCGGGAUCUGGGUUGCCAGGCAGCAGAGGUCAUUCACCUGGAUGAGGGCGUGAACUCGGACACUGAGGAGGCUGCAGAGUUCUGGAACCUUCUAGGAGGGAAAACUCAUUACAGUGGCUGUUCUGAAGAUGAUGAACAUUAUGAGGCAGCGAUUUCAGAGUCAAACUGUGUGUACAGACUGCAGGGAGACAGGCUGGUCCCACAUGAGCAGGGCUGGGCCUGUAUACCACACAUCUCUCUGCUGGACUCCUCUCAGACUCUGCUAUUUGACUUUGGCGGUGAGCUCUACCUGUGGCAUGGGAAAGAUGUUUCCCCUAGUGACAGGAAACUGGCACUGCAGUUGGCUCAGCAGGUGUGGACUGGAGCUUAUGACUACAGCAACUGCAGGAUCAACCCACUGGACCCAUUUGGCAGCAAUGCCCAAAUUCAAAGGCAGGACGUGGGCCGACCACACUGGGCUCUGUUUGGCCGUGUGUUUGAAGAGAACGAGACGGUUCUCUUCAGGCUGAAGUUUGCAGAUUGGUCUGAAAAGAGAGGAGUGAAUAAGGAGCAGAGCACUCCUCCUGUGCAUGAAGUGGCACCGACUCCUCUGCCUGCUACUUGUCCUGUUGGUGAGUGGUCAUGUGAUGCCAAAGCUCUGCUUGCUGGAAAGUGUGUUUCAGGGGAUGGACCGGUCAUUUUGGAAGGAGUUGACGUACAAAGAGGUCGGGACUUGGUUACCCUUAGCAACGGUCAGCAGGCGGAGCUGAGCACUGUUUCUGUAGAGAGUUGGCAUAUCAACAUGGGGAAGGACUGCAAGGUGGCUCCAGAGAGCCUGGGUCAGUUACAUGAGGCCAACACAUAUGCUACACGCUGGACGUACCACCUAAGUGCAAGGGCAGAUCAGAUCGAGGGCCAGGAACGCUCCGCCCUGUUCAUCUGGCGGGGACGCCACUCGCAGAUCAGGGAGCAGGACCUGUCUCCACCACUGACCAUUCAGAGUGAGCCUCGGGUGGUUAUAAAAGAGGGACAGGAGCCGCCGUGUUUCCUGCAGCUGUUCCAGGGAGGGCUGGUCAUUCACAGAGGACACAGCAGUAACUGCUCAGGGGGCUGGCGCCUGUUCUGUGUGAGGGGUGCUGUGCCAGUGGAGGCCAGUCUGUUGGAAGUGGAGUGCUGUACCUCCAGUCUGCGCUCUCGUGGUUCUCUGAUACUACUGAACAGCCAGCAGGGGGUGCUGUACCUGUGGCAUGGCUGUAAGGCUCACGCUACUGCACGUCAGGUUGCCAAGCACGCCGUCCAACAGCUCACACACAUGUGCCCUCCUGAGUUGGGACUGAGCAGUGGCCACAGUCUGAACAUUAGGGAGGUAGAAGAAGGGGUGGAGCCAGCAGAGUUCUGGAAUGCUGUUGGUCCACGGGACAGGAAAUCCUAUGACUGCAUGCUACAAGAUCCUGGGAAGUACACCUUUACUCCCCGCCUUUUCCACCUAAGUGCCCAAUCAGGAACAUUCAAAGGGGAGGAGCUACUAAGCCCAUCCCGAGCAGCUGGGGUUGUCUCGGCGAUGCCAUUCUUUCAGGAUUGCUUAUACUCCGUGCAACAGCCAGCUCUGUUCCUGUUGGAUAACUCUAUGGAGGUGUAUCUGUGGCAGAGCAGCACUGUUCCAGACUCACAGCGCCCCCACUGGGACACGGAGAGGAAAUGCGCUAUGGAGACUGCCCUUCAGUACUGCAGAGAGAGAAAUCCCAGACGGCCUCCAAUGGCUUAUCUUAUUGAUGAAGGGGCAGAGCCUCUGACCUUCACUAAUGUUUUCCCGUCCUGGGAGAGAUCAGCAACACAGCAGGACGUCUCAGCACGCAAGAAGCUAACGUUAGUCCGGGACGCUCUGGCUCUUCUCACCGGGACUCAGUUCACUGUGCAAGAGCUGCUGAAGAGGCCUUUACCAGAGGGAGUGGACCCCCUGCACCUGGAGACCUACCUGUCUGACCAUGACUUCCAAGUGGUUUUGGGAAUGAAGAGGAACGACUACAACUCUCUAUCAGACCUGCAGCAGCUAAACCUGAAGAAGAGCAAAGGACUGUACUGAACCCUGCAGGACUCCUUUAAGGACAGAACUACUGAAGCAGUGUUGAAUCUCCAUGUUGUCACCAAAAAGUAAUCUUUUAAAAAGAGGACUUUUUUGUAUUGCCUGUUUUUUUUUGAGAGGGUUCUAUUUUCUUGUAACGUGACACUUUUCUCUUGUACAGUGUAAACCUAGUGACUGUUUUUAAGAGAGAGCGAAUGUGUGGGUCUUUUGAGUGUGGUCACUUUAGCGCCUUAUGUUCAUCCACUCAUUUUGGCCAAAAGCCCUGCUGGAGAGGACUGCGUACACUCACGACACAAAAUACACGACUUCAUGCUUCUUCUCUUUCCAUUCUCUCUUCUUCUGCAGCCAAACACAUCUAUCUCUUCUGUCUUUCUCUGUCUCCCCUGCUAGCCCUCCACUCCAGCAACUGGGAAAACAUGUGAAUAAAACACUGGCGUGUGGUUAUUUUACUAAGCCUGAAACUGAAUCUGAUUAAGAACAUAAAAUAAAUAAACUGGACUGAAAUCUUU